AUGCCUGUAUGUAAAGUGUCUUGGCCAGUUGUGGCAGCUGUUAUUCACCCUAAUAUAGGAGGAUGGGCCGGAAGUUACUUCACUAGAAAAAAUAUUAAACCCUGGUAUGAGUCUUUGAAAAGACCAUCUUGGACUCCACCAAAUUGGGCAUUUGCUCCAGCAUGGACAACUCUUUAUUGCACAAUAGGAUAUUCUUCAUAUUUAGUAUGGAAAGAUGGUGGUGGUUUUAGAGAAGCAAUAGUACCUCUUUCUAUUUAUGGAACUAAUUUAAUAUUAAAUUGGUCUUGGACACCAUUAUUCUUUGGAUUACACGAGAUAAAAUGGGCUUUAUAUGAAAUUGUUUUUUUGUGGGGAAGCACUGUAGCAAUGGGUGUAUCUUUCUAUCAUGUGAAUCCACUUGCUGGUUAUUUGAUUAUUCCAUAUUUAGCAUGGACUACUCUUGCUACAGCAUUGAACUAUACAAUUUAUAAGAAUAACAAACCAAGUAUCGAAUCAGCUGCAGAUGAAAAAAAAAAAUAA